AUGGCCGACCAAGCUCGCGAGGAAGAAGAAGCGCGUACCGCAGAGGCAGUACGCAGGGCAAGUGUCGAGGCGUCCCGAACCCGAGCGGAGAAGUCUCGCGCGAUGAAGAUUGGGCGCGAGGAGAAGGAAGGUGUGGAUGUCAGUACCGAAUCUGGUCCCAAUGAAGCCACUACGGCCGACGCCUCGACGGAUAUUCAGCACUCAGAUGAUGGGGACGAACAUGAAGACGAGGAGGACAGCGCGUCGGCGUCGGAGGAGGAGAAGGAUGAGGUGGUGCACAGUGGCACGCGUGGCGACGAAGCUACAGUGCCCUCGUUCCAGACUGAUCACAAAACCUGGGCGCUAUUUGAUGAAAGCUUGCAGGAGUACAUGCGUACGACCAAGCAGGUGCUAGUUGUAAGAGCAACGGUCAGUGCCAAGCGACGCAACCAGGAUCUGCGUAAGCAAACGCGGUAUCAAGGGCUCCCAGACAGUCAGAUUCCUUUGGUCCCUGAGGAAAUGAACCCUUGUCAGCGCAGGUGGUGCAAACAAAGGGGCAUCUCGCUGAAGCGCGAGGUGUAUCGACACAAUCACCCAAUCAGUUCCGACAUUUACAUGUCGUACCCAGGUAUUCGCCAGGUAUCGUCCAGGUCUCCGCUAAUCCCUGGUAUUGAGCUGUUGGUGGAGUCAGACGCUAAGAAAUCGAGUAUUUAUGACUAUAUCCGGCGGAAUUCUGAUCACCGCGUGACGAUGGAUGAUGUUCGCACGCGUUCGCCAGUCUGGACACUUUCUGACGACGACGCAGUUGCUGAGACUGUGGUCAAUUUCAAUUUGGAGAACCCAAGGAAUGUAUCCACCGUUGUGCAAAGCGCUCGAGGCGAUACUGGUGUGAUAUCGGUGACAACAGCUCACAUGCCCGCGAUGUACGACAACUUCCCUGAGGUGUUGCAAAUGGACUGUACCCAUAAGACCAACAAGUGA